CUGACUCCACUGCUGCAGUUUCAGUCCCCCCGUUGAUGUCUGCUUCGCUUUCCUGCCUGUGCCUUUGGGCUCCUGUCCGCCUCCCCACCAAGCCAGGUUUCUGCCUUCCUGCUUCCCUGUCCCUGCUGGUGGCUGUGGGUGGCUGUGGCCAGUGAGAUGUUCAGUGCUUGGGAUCGCCGGGACCAGCCCCCCGAAGUGGAGCCAGCAUCAGGGCUUCAGGGGUUCUCCAUCGAUAGGACCUUCCUCUCAUCCUUUAAGGGCAUUCUGCUGGAAACAGAGCUGGCCUUGACCUUCAUCAUCUUCAUCUGCUUCACGGCCUCCAUCUCUGCCUACAUGGCGGCGGCGCUGCUGGAGUUCUUCAUCACACUCACCUUCCUCUUCCUCUUUGCCACCCAGUGCCACCUGCGCUUCGACCGGCUCAACUGGCCUUGUUUGGACUUCCUGCGCUGUGUCAGCGCCAUCAUCAUUCUCCUGGUGGUCUCCUUUGCUGCUGUGACCUCCCGGGAUGGAGCUGCCAUUGCUGCUUUUGUUUUUGGCAUCAUCUUGGUUUCUGUCUUUGCCUACGAUGCCUUCAAGAUUUACCGAAUGGAGCUGGUGCCCGGGCCCAGCCAAGGGGACCAGCAGUGACCCUGGGCUUACCUGGCUUCAAGACCUGACCCGACAAAGGGACAGUGGAGUCCAGAUACCUUCCCUUUGAAUCUCUUAGUCCUGCCCACUGCCUGGGGCCAGUCUGUAAAAUGGAUCCCAAGAUCCAGCCAGGCUGGGGGCAUUAUGGAGAGGCAUGGAGGUGGGAGGAAGCUAGUCAUUAAAAAAUUCAAAUCCA